AACAAGUUUGACAAAAUGGCCGUCCUCGAUGUCCGGAAUGACGAAAUAUGAUAAAUUUAAUGUAAUUUCAGCACCAUUUACAGCAUUUAGAAGAUAAACCUAAACAAAAAUGUCAUCUGGAGUAAUAUUAGGCGGACUCUGUCUGGCUGCCAUUGGAUUUGGUGGAAGGUAUUUGGCAAGACAUGGAAAAACAGUUACGGAAGCCAUGAAAAAACAAGUGGAUUCUCUCCCUUCUGGAACCUUCAGUAAAUAUUAUAAAGGGGGUUUCGAUCAGAAAAUGUCUAAAAGAGAGGCUGGGCUAAUCUUGGGAGUGAGUCCUGCAGCCAGUAAAGCGAAAGUAAAAGAAGCUCAUAAGAGAAUUAUGUUAUUAAACCACCCAGAUCGAGGAGGAUCUCCAUAUUUAGCUGCUAAGAUAAAUGAAGCCAAAGAUCUUAUGGAUGUUGGAAAUAAAAAAAUUGGAUCUCCAAUGCGAUAAAGUGUUAUAAUUGAGAGACGAAAUGAAGAAGGAUUUAGAUAAACACAAAUGAACAAAGAGCAUAGUGUUUGUGUAGUAUUAAUACUACAUUGUACCUAAAAUUUGACAAUAAUAUUAGCUUAGAGGACUAGGCUAGCGUACACCAGUGCCUUUGAAUAUUUGCAUUGAGAACUAAGUAACAGGUUAAAGCAGUCUAAUUAAAAAAAGACCUAACUUUCGUUCAGUUUUUAUGAGCAUUUAUUAUUAUUCAGCCACUACAAUAGAAAUAAAAGCUAACAAAAACAGAAUAAAAGUUUGGUUAAAUUUGAUUUAGACUGGCCAUAAAGUUUUCUAAAGUCAAUCUUUGUUGUGUUGUGAAAGACAGACAUAAAUGUAGAAUGCACUUCAUGAACUAUUUAGCCAGAUGAAAAUAAAUUGAAUGUUUAAAAAUUAGAGCAGUUAGUAGCAGUGAUAUGAUAGUGAAAUAAUUAACUGAGUGUGUUUCCAGUUGUGAAUCUGUUUAUUACAUGUGAAAAUGUAUUUUAGUUUUUGAAAAAAACUUCAUUAAAUUUC